AUGGGCAGCUCCCUGCCAUUGGCAAGAGAAGCUCUACUCCAGCCGAACAAAGAUGCAAAUCAGGCAGCGUUAGCCAUUGCCGUGAGUGUUACAAGAGACCAUCGUUAUCACUCGUAUGUGGCUUCGAAAGGUCCUUUUUGGCUUCACAUAAUUACAUCCCUAGAGGCUAAUGGUGAUCCCAAUGGAGUCAUACACUAA